UUCAAAACCAAGCUGCGUGGUGAGGAGGGAGGAACUGUGAUGACAAGUGUUAUUAAAUAAUCACAUCAUAACUCAGGCUGAACCCACUUAGUCUGUCAUACACAGAGACUUCGGGAUCAACAUUUGUCAAAGUAAAUUUUGGACAAGUUUUGGAAUCACCUGCUUUCCGGACUACUGUUUUAGUCGAUCACCAAGUUGUACCGGGAGCUCCAUAUUUUGUUCUGCUAAAUUGACAUGUAGAAAGCGUUUCUCUCGGCAGAUUAAGUAGAAUUAAGACGUCAAUUGGAUUACUUAUCGGGAUCUUAUUGUGCGGGAAGGAGAACACCAACUUCUAUUUUUAAAAAUGGAGAGGUUGUUGAUGAAGAUCACCACUGCGAUGUGGAUCUGUUCCGUUUUGGUGGCUCUACAAUUUACAGGUGUCAGUGGGUCCCUUCAAAGCAAGAAACUUUACCAUAAAUUCUUCGUGGAGGAAGCCUACAACCACAAUAUUCGUCCUGUGUACAACAUAACUACAGUCACUGAUGUGGAUAUGCUCCUGUUCGUCUCGCAAGUCCUUGAUAUGGAUGAAAGGAAGCAGACCUUAACAACGAACAUGUGGCUCACAUUUGAGUGGAUUGACGAGUUUCUGCAAUGGAAACCACAAGAGUGGGGGAAUGUUUCCAAAAUCAAAGUUAACUCCAAUCUCCUGUGGACACCUGACAUUACAUUAUACAACUGCGCUGCCGACAACUAUGUUGCUUACCUCAGCAACAAAGUGUGUACAGUGUACAGCGAUGGUAAAAUAAACUGGGCAGCGCCAGUAAUCUUCAAGUCAUAUUGUAAUAUCGAUGUCACCCAGUUCCCGUUUGAUAAGCAAAGCUGUAAACUCAAGUUUGGCCCAUGGCAGCAUGAUGCAUCUGAAGUCAACUUGAAUGGCACAGGUGAUAAGUCUGUCUUCACCAGUGAUGGUGAGUGGGACAUGUUAGACCUGGAUGUAGAAACAAUAACUAGUAAUUAUCCUGAUGCACCGCAAUAUACUUACAAAGACGUCUUGUAUACUGUCCACUUCAAACGACGGUCCAUGUAUUACGUCUUCAAUCUUGUUAUGCCGUGCGUAAUGGUGUCAGGGAUUACUAUCCUUGGAUUUGUGCUUCCAGCCGACUCAGGGGAAAAGGUCAGCCUUGGCAUCACUGUGUUGCUGUCAUUGACGGUUUUUCUGCUCUUAAUUGCUGAGUCGAUGCCCCCAUCAAGUACUGUACCCGUUAUUGGACAAUACUACGCGGCAACCAUGCUCCUUGUGUCCAUUUCAAUCAUGUUGACGGUGAUCAUACUCAACCUGCACCAUCGAGGCCCCGUAUGCCGGCCUGUACCGCGCUGGAUGAGACGCCUUUUCAUUCAAAGACUUGGCCCAAUACUGCGUCUACAACUAACGCUCAGCAAGAAGACCAAGGGCAAUAAAGAGAACAAGCUCUUCAUGAAAAUGCAAGAGAGCGAGACCUCCAUUAUGGACAUGACGACACCAUUACAUCAGAAUCACCAGUCACCAGGAGACGAGUCUCCAAUUCAAGCCAUAAACAGUGGCCGCUACCUGAGUAAAGAUGGUCCCGAGAGGGCGUGCUGUCGCCAACAGUCUGAUAUCCUACGUCGCAUGAUGGAUCACAUGAGAGUGAUAAGAGAGCAUUACGACGGGACAGAGCACUCGGAAUUCAUCCGGGGCGAGUGGAAACAGGUGGCCCAAGUAGUAGAUCGCCUCUUUAUGAUUUUCUAUAUGAUGGGCACAGUUGCCACUUUACUCAUCAUAUUCAAACAGUUGAGUUAAAUUCAAGUGGAAUUACAUCAUCGUUAAAUUGCUCAUUAUAAGAACAGUACUGCAAGACCCUUCUACUCACAAAGUUAACAGUUGAUGCUUGAAACGAACUCUGAUCACAUCAUAUUAGUUUCCCAGCUCUAAGAGUUGGAUUUGGCCUGAAGUAAUGCAGACAUUCUUAAUGGGCAAUAGGUGAUGUAUUUACAGUUCAACUGACUUCCAAAUCGAAGGAACUCUAAGGGACAAGAAAACCUUCCUGCAGGUUUUGAUAGAAGUAUCUCCCUUCGUUGGUAAUUAAUUGUCGAGUCGUAUGUUAUAAUAAACAACAAAUCCAAACCCGUAUAUCUGACUUUCGAAGACACCGUAAAACAACUGAAUUAUGCCAACAAUCCUUUGCAUGUGAAAUCAGCUCGUUUCUGAUAUAUUUUGAUAAGCUUGGGAUGUUUGCAUACUAUAAGAAAUUUUAUGUGUAUCGAUAAGUAAUCGAACAAUGACGAGUAAUCAAACACUUUCGAUCAUUAUUCGCACUUCAUCGAUCAGUAUUCACACACUAUCGAUAAGCAAUCACACAGUCGCACUAUCGAUCAGUAAUCAGACACUAUCGAUCAGUUAUUGCACACUAUCGAUAUGUAAACUCCAAGAUUUCAGAAAAAAAACAAUAUUUCAAAGUCCAAGACAAUAGUUUGUUCUCAAACACUGAUGACAUCUUUGAGUAGGAUUAGGACAAAUUAAAAAAAAAAUACUGUUAAAAUUCUAUAUGAUAAUCUUUAAAAAAGUAUAAUCUACAUUUUUUUUUUUUUUCGAAUGAUAGAGGAUUUCUUGAAAAAAGAGAAACAGUAGUAGAACCUUUUACUGCUAUGGAGGUUGUUUAACUGUAGGGGAGGUGAGGAUGAUGAUGCUUUUUUGUGAUGAUUAAUGUACAUGAGUUGAUAUUAAAGAUGCGAGUGUGUUAGCUGGAUAUGUGGGUGGGUGGGGCUCGCUGUUGUCAUGGUGAUUGUCCUGGUGAAGACCAUGGUGGUGUUUGUGAUGAUGAGGUUGUUCUGGAGAUUGUCAUUGUGGUGUUGAGAGGUAUUGGUGAGUAUUGUGAUUGUCAUGAGUUAAGGAUGAUAUACUGAGGGUUGUAAUAGUUAGAUGAUAAUUGGAGGCUGAUGAUCAUUAUUUCAAGGUGUGAUGAUGUUGCGUGACUGACACUGUGUGGCCGUCAGAUGGGAGGAUUAUGCAUGGUUUGUGUUCGGGUGGUUGUAACAGUAAAGGUACUAGGCCAUUUAGUCAUAGAGCUGCUUAAGCAGAAAUAAAGUAGCUAAGCACAACAAAGUGACACUUACUUACCGGGGAAAAGGUUACUAGCCAAACUACGAUAUCACAUGUUCAGUUUGUGACUAGUAUCCUGCUUAUUACUAUUAAAGAACAGAAAAUGUUUAAGUAAUAUUUUCUGCUUAAGCAGCUCUAUGAAAAUGGGCACAGGUGGAAUACUUGGGAGGUGGUGUUGAUGGUGAGGUAGUCGGAUGGUGCGUGGCUAGCCUUGCUAAAGGCAGUCGCCUUGUUCACUCCGAAAAACACGCCAUUGUAAAAACCACCCGUACACACUGUGCGUGGUGCGUCCGAUCACACCGCACGACCUACCCGCAUACACACUGUCACGACGCAUGCGGACGGUGUACGGGGGCAUAGUGUCGUGCGAUGUGGUUACCUUUUACGCACAAUGUACAUGUACACGGGUGGGUUUUUAUACAGCGGCGGUCUUUUUUUUCGGAGUGAAUAAUUCGACUGCCUUGGAGCAAGGCUAGUGCGUGGCUUGUGUCGGGUUGUUGAGGAGAGGCUACCUGAUGGGCCAAAUUUCAUAAAUCCCGUAUGCACAAAAACUUGCUAAGCGCAGAAGAGUAUUGCAUACCAGAAACAGGUUAUCGGCCAAAACUAUAUUAAAUUUACACUGUUGUGAUUGGUGGCCCACUCACAUUUUGCUUAGCAAAGAAAUUUGUCACGCAAUCUGCUUAGAAGCUUUGUGAAAAUUUGCCCUGGUGGCCAGUUGAGAGGUAGUCUUGAAGUCAAGACGGUAAUUGUUAAGCGCGGUGUGUAUAGUUACAGCG